UUCUCUAGUCAAGUUGAGGAAAGUAAGAAAGAAGUGCAAGGUUGUAAUGGCAAGAGAAGAGCGGGAACUUGAAGUUCCAAGGGUCAAACUUGGAAGCCAAGGACUUGAGGUAUCAAGGCUGGGGUUUGGAUGCCAGGGCUUAACUGGCCUCUUUGAUAUCCCUGCAGCUGAAGAGACCGGGAUUGCUAUUAUUAAAGAUGCAUUUCACAAAGGAGUCACUUUCUUUGAUACAGCAGAUUUCUAUGGGGGAUAUAAGAAUGAAGUGAUUGUUGGCAAGGCACUGAAAGAUUUUCCCAGGGAAAAAGUUCAGAUAGCCAGCAAGUUUGGCAUUGUGAGCAUAGGCCCUCCUCAAAUGAUAGUGAAUGGAACACGGGAAUAUGUACGUUCAUGCUGCGAAGCUAGCUUAUUGCGCCUCAAUGUAGAUUACAUCGAUCUAUAUUACCAGCACCGUGUUGAUACUUCAGUACCCAUAGAAGAAACGAUGGGGGAGCUUAAGAAGCUAGUGGAAGAAGGGAAAAUCCGGUAUAUAGGGUUAUCAGAGGCAAGUCCUGACACCAUCAUAAGGGCCCAUGCAGUUCAUCCUAUCUCUGCUGUGCAGAUGGAGUGGUCUCUGUGGACUCGGGACAUCGAGGAAGAGAUUUUUCCUCUUUGCAGAGAACUUGGGAUUGGUAUUGUUGUAUACAGCCCUCUUGGCCGAGGAUUUUUUGCUGGAAAAGGAAUUGUGGAGGCUCUGCCUCAAAAUAGUUUCUUGGCCAAUCACCCUCGACAUUGUUCGGAGAGUUUGGACAAAAACAAGAUGAUAUAUGAUAGGCUGGAGAAAAUCUCCAAGACACAUGGAUGCACACCAGCUCAACUAGCUCUUUCAUGGAUUAUGCGUCAAGGGAAUGAUGUAGUUCCCAUUCCUGGAACAACCAAAAUCAAGAACUUGGAUACAAACAUUGGAUCCUUGAAGAUCAAUCUCACUGAAGAAGAAUCCAAAGAAGUGUCUAAUGCCGUGCCACUAUGUGAGGUUGCUGGUGACAGAACAUAUGAAGGCAUGAUUGCAAAGACAUGGAAGUUCGCAAAUACACCUCCAUUGGAUCACCCACAAAACUGAUUUUUUUCUGGAAGGUCAGACGAAAAGUUGAAUCUGAAUGUAUCAUGCGAUUCAUGCAGUCCUUUUUUUCGACAAAUUAGAAACAUAUUUCCAUAAAAUAUGACUAAAAUCAUAUUACAUGAAGUAAUGAAAUUUGUUGACUGAA